AUGGGAUGCAUCAAAUCCAAGGAUGCCUUUCCAGGUUCAAAUGCUGUCCAGGAUGAAAGGAUCAGGGAAGGUAAUGAAGGAUGCACUGGGGAGAAAUCAUCACUGAUAGCAGCAAAGGUGGAUGAGAAAAGUCCAUCAAGCACUAUAGUGCUAGACUAUGCACACCGUCUCUCCCGCGAGAUUCUCGAUCAGGCGGUGAAGCAGUGGGCAGUGACUGAAAGCAAAUACAGUGACAUCCCUUUUAUUGAAAGUGAUGUGCCCUGA